AUGACUGCAUCUUAUAUCUACAAUAGGUUAUUAAAAUGGUCUAGUAUAUUAUACAGUGAUGCUGCAAAAGACAAAGCUGAAUUGGCAAUAUUAAAAGAGUUCCAAUAUGCAAAUGCAAUUAUUCCAACGUUAUCAACCGGCUUGCCAAUUUGUCCUAAAGAUAAACUUACUAGUAAACUUCUUAACUUUAAAAAUCUUAAUUCUACUAUAAUCGAUCUUACAAUUUCUGAUAACUAUUAA